UGAAUGGAUUGCAACCACAACGGAUUGUUGGACUGCACGUAGAAAGUCAUUCAUUGGUGUAACUGCUCACUGGAUCAACCCUGGAAGUCUUGAAAGACAUUCCGCCUUUGCACUUGCCUGCAAAAGAUUAAUGGGCUCUCAUACUUUUGAGGUACUGGCCAGUGCCAUGAAUGAUAUCCACUCAGAGUAUGAAAUACGUGACAAGGUUGUUUGCACAACCACAGACAGUGGUUCCAACUUUCUGAAGGCUUUCAGAGUUUUUGGUGUGGAAAACAAUGAUAUCGAGACUGAGGCAAGAAGGUGUGAAAGUGAUGACACUGAUUCUGAAGGCUGUGGUGAGGGAAGUGAUGGUGUGGAAUUCCAAGAUGCCUCACGAGUCCUGGACCAAGACGAUGGCUUCGAAUUCCAGCUACCAAAACAUCAAAAGUGUGCCUGUCACUUACUUAACCUAGUCUCAAGCGUUGAUGCCCAAAAAGCUCUCUCAAAUGAACACUACAAGAAACUCUACAGAUCUGUCUUUGGCAAAUGCCAAGCUUUAUGGAAUAAAAGCAGCCGAUCGGCUCUAGCAGCUGAAGCUGUUGAAUCAGAAAGCCGGCUUCAGCUUUUAAGGCCAAACCAAACGCGGUGGAAUUCAACUUUUAUGGCUGUUGACAGAAUUCUUCAAAUUUGCAAAGAAGCAGGAGAAGGCGCACUUCGGAAUAUAUGCACCUCUCUUGAGGUUCCAAUGUUUAAUCCAGCAGAAAUGCUGUUCUUGACAGAGUGGGCCAACACAAUGCGUCCAGUUGCAAAAGUACUCGACAUCUUGCAAGCGGAAACGAAUACACAGCUGGGGUGGCUGCUGCCUAGUGUCCAUCAGUUAAGCUUGAAACUUCAGCGACUCCACCAUUCUCUCAGGUACUGUGACCCACUUGUGGAUGCCCUACAACAAGGAAUCCAAACACGAUUCAAGCAUAUGUUUGAAGAUCCUGAGAUCAUAGCAGCUGCCAUCCUUCUCCCUAAAUUUCGGACCUCUUGGACAAAUGAUGAAACCAUCAUAAAACGAGGCAUGGACUACAUCAGAGUGCAUCUGGAGCCUUUGGACCACAAGAAGGAAUUGGCCAACAGUUCAUCUGAUGAUGAAGAUUUUUUUGCUUCUUUGAAACCGACAACACAUGAAGCCAGCAAAGAGUUGGAUGGAUAUCUGGCCUGUGUUUCAGACACCAGGGAGUCUCUGCUCACGUUUCCUGCUAUUUGCAGCCUCUCUAUCAAGACUAAUACACCUCUUCCCGCAUCGGCUGCCUGUGAGAGGCUUUUCAGCACUGCAGGAUUGCUUUUCAGCCCCAAAAGAGCUAGGCUUGACACUAACAAUUUUGAGAAUCAGCUUCUACUGAAGUUAAAUCUGAGGUUUUACAACUUUGAGUAGCGUGUACUGGCAUUAGAUUGUCUGUCUUAUAGUUUGAUAAUUAAAUACAAACAGUUCUAAAGCAGGAUAAAACCUUGUAUGCAUUUCAUUUAAUGUUUUUUGAGAUUAAAAGCUUAAACAAGAA